UUUCUCCUUGCAUAGGUCCGUCAAUUCGAAUUCGAUGCUUCUCCUUUUCUCGUCCAUGGAGUCUUCGUCAUCGUCGACUCCCUCGAAUUUUCUUUUUUAUUGGAAUUAUCUCAAUUUUAUAUUAUUCCGUCCGGUUCUAGCUAUUCUUUUCGUCCUCUCCUUCAUUAUACUCUGGUGGUUGCUGGCAUGGAAGUUGGUUCUGGUUCACGUGCCACUGGUUCAAGAAAUUUUCGGUCUGAGGAAAAAACCGGCUAAAGCAAAGCCGCCGCCUCGUCGAUUUUCCAGAUAUUAUAACAGCAUCAACGCUCAUAAUUCUACUUCUCAAUAGAUGAUAGCAGCCAUAAAGCUCUGUUUUCAAAUGAUGGAACCUAAAUCGAUUCUGGCAGUUUAAAAUGCAAAAAAAGACAGUCCGGAGCCUCAGGAGAUUGAAAUUCUUCAAUCCUUCAUGCUUCACGGACGGGAAAGGGAUAUCAGUUGUCAAAUAGCAAAAUGCUAAUUCGUUAAUCAUUUGAUGUAAAUGAAGGAAUUGACAUUAUACUUCAUUGCCUUCUGUAAAUAAAUUUUCAGCAGUUGUAAAGAAUUCGGUUAUUGAAAAUGAAUAAUGAUCAUCAAAAGUUUACCCAU